AGAGGAAAUAUAUCCUGUCUGUGGCUGUAAAAAUCUGGAUUUUGAUCACAACUAGCUGACAAAGCUUUUAAAAUAGAUUUGAUUCCAGAAAUCAAACCCCCCAAAACCCUACAAAGAUAAAGCUGAUUCCUUUGAUCCUCCCUCCCACCGUCUUCCAUCCAUUCUUCCCGCCUAUUUCUUUCUCGCGAUCAUCGUCAAGGCCAUGUCUUUGCGGCCUCGCCAAUCUCUUGGGGGUUCGUCUCCGGCGAACCAGAGGAAGAAAGCUCCCGACAAUUCCAUCGCUACGAGAGCGACCCCGAAUCGUCCGUCUUCUUACUACCUAAGCCCUGGCUCCGCCGUGGAGAUCAGCUCCGACGAGACUGAAUUCCGCGGCUCGUGGUACCCGGGAAGGGUGGUCACCGCCCCUUCACCCUCAGGUAUUAAUUCCUUCAAAUGCCAGGUGGAGUACACGACGCUCUUCUUCGACAAGGAAGGCAAGAAACCGCUGAAGGAGGUUGUCGAAAUGGCUCAGCUUCGUCCUCCGGCGCCGCCCAUGUCUGAGAGGGAGAAGAAGAGGAAUAUCGCGGUGGGGGUAGAGGUCGACGCGUAUUACAACGACGGCUGGUGGGAAGGGACGGUCACGGAGGUUCUGGACGACGGCAAAUUCAGUGUUUACUUCAGGGGUACCAGGGAACAGAUUCGGUUCCGCAAAGAUGAAAUACGGUUUCAUAGGGAAUGGGUAUUCGGCGUCUGGAACCCGCCACUAGAGGAAACGGACGAUGAGGCAUCCGAAGAAGACAAAGCAGACGACUCAGAAGACGAAGAGAGAUACUUGCUUUGGCUCUUCUAUAGAGCAUUUGUGUCUCUGGACACCUUUAAUUUCUCGCAGUUGUGUUCUUUACAUUACGGAGGUAUCAUAGUGCACACUAAUCGUGACGGUUGUACAAUGCAGUGUCUUCUAUCCCGAGUGGAUCCAGAAACUGCCAGAGCAAUUGCGAAACAAACGUUUACCAGUGGCACGCAUGUCGAGGUUAGCAGCGACGAGGAAGGUUUCAAGGGAUCUUGGUUUGUAGCUAAAGUCAUUGAACCCAUUGGCCAAGACAAGUACCUUGUUGAGUACCGAGACUUGCGAGAAGAGGAUGGCGUAGAGCCUCUGAAAGAAGAAACCGACUUUCUGCACAUACGGCCACCACCACCACCAAGCGACGAGGAACUUGAUUUCGCUGUUGGGGACAAGGUUGAUGCCUUUUACAACGACGGCUGGUGGGUAGGUGAUGUCAUAGAGAGUACCCAGGAUGGAAGAAUUGGUAUCUUUUUCAGACAAUCAAGAGAAAAGAUGCGGUUCGGACGGCUAGGUCUUCGUCUGCACAAAGACUGGAUUAACGGGACCUGGGAGACACCACUGAAAGGAGGAGCGAUCAAGAGGGCCAAGGCCAAGAGAGUUUCAUGUGACCGGAACGUGAGACCUAGAAUUGCAGUCGACAGGCAACAUUACAUCAGCAUUGGAAUACCAGUCGAGGUUAGCAGUCUUGAAGAAGGGUUUGAGGAUUCUUGGUUUCUUGCAAAAAUUAUAGAGUACAGAGGAAACAAAUGCAUUGUAGAAUAUGAUACACUGAAAGCUGAAGAUGGGAAAGAGUCCUUGAGAGAAGAGGUUAAUGUCUUUCAGAUAAGGCCUGAACCACCAGAGUUGGUCAUGUGUGGUCCCUUCGAGAAGCUUGCCAAAGUUGAUGCUUUGUAUAACGAUGGAUGGUGGGUCGGGGUGGUUAAAAAGGUUCUUGCAAAGUCGAGCUACCUGGUUCAUUUCCCCAAAGCUGAUGAGGUGCUAAAGUUUCACUAUUCUCAACUAAGGCUGCACCAGGAUUGGAUUGAUGGCAAGUGGGUAUAAUCUCCUUAGUCUCAGACGAUGUAAUUGCGGCUGGAGAAGACGUCAGGAUAUUGGGAUCUCAAGUUUUGUGAAUUUGGAGGUGUUUGAAUCUCUUAGUUCUAUAUUGAUGUUCCCUCACUAUUGUAGACAGUUGCAGUUUUGAUAUUUUGUUGCUUUCCCAUGAGAUACUGCUACUCAUAAUACUCCAAUUUUUCAUUGGUUUAAGUUUUUGCUGCAAGGUUAACAAUAUCCUGUCUUUCUCGUAUUGUGAAUUUAGCUAGAUGCAGGUCAUUAUAUAUCACCUGCGUUAUCUAGCAUCUUACGAUCGUUCAUAGCCACG